UUCAACCCGGCGAGUCGGGAAGCUGAAAUUUGCCAAUUGGGUGAAAACGAGCCGCAUAUGUGUGCGUAUAUGCAUGCGUAACGAUAAAGAGGUCGGGGCGAAUCGUGGUGAUAUUCAAAUUGAAGUUAUAGAUUGUGUGACUCCACAGUUAUUCUUUGGUUUAUUUUCUAAGAGCUAAUUUCUCGUAAUCACGAAAAUGAUAAAUGACGGAAUGUAACAAGUCAUCAAAACAACUGUCGAGUGAAUUUACUCCGGUACAAACGACGCUCACAAAGAACCCGAUGAAGCUCCGUAAUGUUGUACAGUAAGAUCGCGCUGUAUUACCAAUGACGUGGAUGUAGGUUAGCUUUUCCUACAUUCACCACGGGUAUCGUGCGAACUUAUUAAUUCGUCCAGUAUAUCGUGCGCAUUUCUUGCGAAAAACCACUUGUAAAUAAUGUUCGAAAUUACGGACACGCAAAAAAUCGGAGUAGGGUUGGCAGGAUUUGGAAUUUCCUUCUUGUUCCUCGGUGUAUUAUUGUUGUUUGAUAAAGGUUUACUUGCCAUUGGAAAUCUUCUAUUUAUUUCUGGCUUGGCAUGUGUUAUCGGACCAUGGAGAACUCUAAAUUUCUUCUUUCAAAGGCAUAAAAUAAAAGCUAGUGCCUCGUUCUUAGGAGGCGUUUUUGUGGUACUUAUGGGUUGGCCCAUCAUAGGCAUGAUUUUAGAAACCUAUGGUUUUGUACUGCUUUUCAGUGGUUUUCUGCCAGUAGCAAUAAAUUUCUUACGAAGAGUACCUGUAUUGGGUACUAUACUAAAUAUGCCUGGUCUCAGUCGAAUCUUGGACAUGAUAGCAGGUGAUUCUAAUAGAACAACUGUAUGAUAAGAAAAUUCAUAUCUUUUUGCUUUGUGACAUGUAUAUAAAGUGUUCUUAUGCAGUGUUCCAUAUCUUUUUUUGUCAUUCUCAUUUUAGAAUGUCAGUUGUCAAAUACAGAUGUUUGUACAAAAAUGUAAAACUAAUUUAUCUCUUACAAUGCCAGGUAUAAGGAUAUCGAUAAGUUUGGUAAAAUUAAUUUAUAUGUUUACAGUAAAUUAAUGUGACUUAUUGUGUGCUGUCUGAUUAUGUCAAGGGUGCGAUCGGUUACAUAAAGCAUUCCAUAACUUUGUAUAUAUGAGAUUUUUUGUAUAAAUUUUUGUAUAAAUGAAAAUGACAAUUUGGAUUUUAUUAAUUUUGCGGUAUUUACUCAUUAUUAAUUAAAGUAAACAAUGGCCAAAAAUGUACCCUUCUCUUGAUCAGAUAUAUCAUAAAUGUUUAUAAUAAGAUAAACGAAUGUGUACGUGUCAUGUAUGUAUCAAUAAGAUGUUUUACAUAUUGAGA